GACGUCACACCGACUUUAUUCCAGUUCUUUCACUUUCCUUUUCACACAAACACGGCUGCAGCUGUAGUAGCUGGUUGCUAAGAGAAAAGAAGAAAAGGGAAAAAAAGAAGAGAGAUUAAUCCGAGAACAUCAGGAAGAAAAGCAGAGAGGUCGCGGGGAACCUGGAGUCUGUCCCAGGGAGCAUGGGGCACGAGGCAGCGUACACCCUGGACAGGGUGCCAUGUAGAGUAUUCAUGCAAUAAUCUGAGACAGUGGUGGAAAUGAUGCGCUGCGUGUGAUUUCCUUUCCCACGAUGAUCUCCGAUCGAUUUAGGAUGGCCGGCGAUGCGAGGACGAUCCGAGUGAGCGGUCUGCCCAUGGACGGUUCUGAGAAUCGGCUCGUAGACAAACUUCAGAUCCAUUUCCUGCGUAAAAAGAAUGGCGGAGGUGACGUCAGCUCGGUCGCCGUUUCCAAAACGAUGCCCGGUACAGCCUUCGUCACGUUUGAGGAGCGCGAAGUUGCCUCGAGACUCGCUCAGACAGGGAAGCAGGUUUUUAAAGUCAAUGACAAAAGCUAUGACAUCACCAUCAGUCUCCUUGAUGAAGAAGUGGAUGCGGAUAAAGUCCUGCUGAAGAUGUCGGUCGUGGUGGACUACAGGAAGCUCCCGGGAGGAAAAAACACUCUUUUUUCUUUGCAUAAACGUUUCCCACGUGUCCAUUUGAUUUUUGACAACCAGAAAGACCUCUACACUCUGAAAGGGCGCUACAGUGAGGUUCAGUCGCUCAGCAGCCUGGUGUUGGGUUCCAUGGAAAAUCAGGACCGGAGCUCGGGUGAUAAACCACAACCAAAGACAGAAAGCAAAAAGACGUAUAACUCACCCCUGGAGGAAUCUGCAAACAGCCACGUAGGGGCAAAUGAAGACACUGGGGUAGUAAAACACACCGUGCUGAGUGAAGAGUCGGAUCUAAACCUGGAGAGUGAAAGCUGGAAAACAGGAUUACCUCUGCCAAGUUGUUACAGCGAUCAGGCAUCACAAGCGGCUUUAAUGGAAGACAAAUGGGACUCGGCGGCGGAUAUCGGGACUUCGUUUGAAGACUUUUCCCUGAAUGUCGACUCAGACAUCUUCCGUUAUCUCCAUAAGUACUGCUCCAAGGAGUACCAAAAUAUCCUCAGGCGGCAUAAGGUGGAGGUUCUGGAUGUGAACUGUGAUGACAUCACGACUUUGUAUCUCAAACCAACAACAGCCCUGUCUGAACAUGGGAUACGUUCUGUUAAAAAGGCCCAUCAAGAUCUGGCACAUCUGUACCAGCAGAAAGAGUCACAGUUACGCAAGGAGUACGUAUAUGAGCAUGGACUUCCAGAGACGGAACUCACACAUGCUCUGGAGUCGCUACGGAAGAGGCUGCCGCAGCUGAUGAUCGAUGAAGAGGAUAGGAAAGUGUAUAUGGUUGGAAGCAGAAGUGACGUAUCUGAAGCCAAGCAGUUUAUUGAUGAUAUGAGAGGGUUUGGGAUGAAGAAAGAAAUCCACUCGGAGCAUCUGUUUGCUCCCUCUCAAUCCAAGUUCUCGAAACAGGGAAGUUCAGCAUCAUCAGUGCCGUCGGGCAUCCUUCCACCAUCGUUUCAGCAUUCUCAUGACCUCAUGCCAAAGAAGGACCUCCAAGAUACAAACCAAAGAGGGAUUUCUAGUGAGAAUUCCAGCAAGAGAAGACACUAUUCUGUGGAACUGAAAGAUUUCACUGACUGGUCGCCCACUACAGAACUUACCUUUUCCAGUCAAGGAGUCGAGAAGUCAAAAGAAGACAUAUCCUCACAUGAGAGACAUGUCCCAAGUGGUCUAGAUUCUCUCUUUGUCUCUAACAAGCCUUCUGCUCCACACUCCGUUUUGGAUAUAAAUGACAAAUUAUUCAAUAAGGCAAACUUAAUUUCCGAGACAAAUGAAGUCCAAAGUCAAGAGACAGAACUCCAGUCAAGUAAAGGGUACAGGAGCAAACAAACCGAGCCUGGGAAGGAACGAAAAAUGGCUGCCAAUUUCAGUAGAGAGAUGCACAGUGGUAUAAAGGAUCUAACCGCUUACAAAUCGGAAGCUCCCAAACUGGACCCAUAUGUAAAGGAGAGAAGGUUUCCUGAUAGUGGACAGCCAUGCUCUCUUCCUCUUAUCACCCCAUCAUUGUAUAGUAGUCUGGAUCCAAACACCUUACGUGGUAGUGCGAGUGCAAAAACCAGCACUAGCAAGAUGGAUAUCCAAGAACCGAAAGGUGACCUGUCGACAUUUGGCCACUUUCCAUAUGACAACAAAUCUACAGUUUGUUUGAGUGGAGACCAAGGGGUCAAAAGUUCCCCCACCAUGCCUUUAGGAUCAACCCUGAGAAGGUCCAAUAGCCUCAGUGGCACGAUCAAAAAAGCUGAAGAAACUGUAGAUCUACCUGGCGGACAAAUGGGAAUAAGCCAAGUUUCUCAGACAAGGGAAAUCGUUGCUAUGGAUUUAGUUUUGUCUUUUAAACUGUGGCUGUAUCUUACGUCAGUUUAUAAUACUGAAAUUGAGAAUUUGACAUCUGAUCUACAAGUUAAAGAAAAAUUUGAUAGGGAAGACAUGACGUUAUGUCUAAGAGGUGUAAAUUCAGAAAAGGUGAGCGAAUGUCACGACGGUUUGAAGAGUCUCAUUGCUGCAGCAGAAAUUGACUUUGACGCAAGAACACUACCAUUGUCCAAGCUUGGACUGUCAGACAGCAAGGAUAAGACUUUGCUAGAGUUGUGUACAUCAAUGAAGCAGCGCUAUAAGUUGGUUAAAGUCGUCCUAAUGUCCAGUGAUGUGAUGAUCCUAGGCCCGAAACCAUUGUGUGAUGUGGUAGAGACCACUAUGAUAAAGGUCUUCCAUAAAGAAGCGAAUAUUGCAAAUAAGAAGUUUCCCAACCCAGAUAGUUUACAUACCAGCAAAGCACCUGACCGUGAUUUAAAAUUACUUGGUGACCAGUGGACACCAUCAGCGAAACCACAUACCGGCAUCAUCGUUAAAGAUCUAUCCAAAACAUCUGACCAAGGAGUUCCUCAUUCCUCAAAAAAGGUUCCUCAGGUUCUAACUAACCAAACUAGAGACAAUGAAAGCGGGAGCCAGAACAAGAAGAAAGAAGAAAAGACGGAACAAUCGGAUAAGAAAGAUCCGACCUUGAUGCAGGGCGAUGGUGUGACCAUGAACGUCAAGAACGGAAAAACCUCCUCUAAAGGUGAAAAAGACGAAGCAGAUGGCGAAAAUACCAGAGACCAUACAUGCACCACCGCUCAACGCAAGGAAACCUUUAUUGAGCAAAUGAACCCCGGCAUUACAGUGGACCGCAUCAGGGACUCCCAGACGUCACCUGGUGUUUCAGAACCCAAGAACGACGUUUUGCCAUCCCAUGCAAGUGGAAAUCAGAACCUUCUUUCAUGCUAUGUGUGUGAAACGGAGUACAGCACUGUUAAACAAGCAGCAUGCGGCUUUAACUUUUGCCCCGGGUGCGACAAAGAAAUUCAUAACCACUGCAAAACCUGUGCUACGUCUGGUAUCAAAGGUACCAUGUCUGUUCUAGAAUCAACAAUAACAAUUCCUGGAUUUAACCGAAACACAACUCUGAGGAUUGUCUACGAUAUACCUGAUGGUAUUCAAGGGGAAGAUCAUCCCUGCCCAGGAGAGCCUUUUAAAGGGAACAGAUUUGAAGCCUUUUUACCAUAUAACACCGACACUUUAAAGCUCCUGCCUCUUCUGGAGAAAGCUUUCCACAAAGGACUCACCUUCACCGUUAGAGCAGGAUCUUCAGACGAUUAUGGAAGCAGAGAGGGAAGGGUGGUCUGGGGCAGCAUUCCUCAUAAAACUAAGACAGAAGGAGGCACAUCUAAAAACGGCUAUCCUGACUCUACCUACAUCAGACGCUUGAUUGAUGCACUGAAGGCAGCAGGAGUCGGAGAAUAAUUGCUCUUUCCAUGGCUGUUUGUAUUAAUAAUAUAUACUGUAUGUAAACAUGAUUCAGAGACGUUGUUAUGUUUAUUUCUAUGAGUUUAGCUGAAUACACUCUUCUAAAGCAGUAUAAGAAGCUUAUAAUGGCAAGCCAAGCAUUCUGAGAAUUACAUUACAGUGCAUUGUUAUGUUUAUUACGUUAUAGAGUUAUUAUAAUGAUAGAUUAGGAGUUUACCUGCAGGGGGCGCACAUGCGCUAUUUUGUUUCUUACACUGCUUUUAAUUGAAUCCUUAUAUAUAUUUAUAUAUAUAUAAAACAUGAUUUUAGAGAAUUCUAAAUCUGGGACAUCCUCACACACGGGUAAACGGAUUAUUAAGGUGAUCUUAUGUUCAAAAGG